UAUUCGCGAAUAAUCUAUUGAUAGUACCAGUAAAGGGGGAAAUCUCAAAAUAAACGGCCAAUUAACCCGAGGAACAUCUCUGUUUUUCUUGCAGCGUGCUCCUAUAAAGACACAUAAAAGUACUUGAUGUUCUCUUGAGCAAAGAUGGCUUAUUACCAUCAUUUUGCAGGUUGGUCUUUCAUCCUUGUGGUGAUAGGAUUGGUCAUCUUCUACACAAAGUCAAAUUUGAUUAAACUGUUACAGGAAAGCUUUCAAAACCGAAUGAGUUCUCUACAAGCAUCCUCCACUCCCGGUGGCGGUAGCAGUGUUGCACGAACACUCUAUUCACGUUUACCAACGUAUGAUUGGUCAAGCGCUCGUCUUGGAGGUCUUCAUUCAACUCUUUUUGAUAUCGAAGCAAAUAUUCGCGAUGGCGAUCAAAGGACAGGUUUGGAAGCUGCAGGUGCACAAGAGAUUGAACGUUUGAUGUCUACGCAGGGUGUUGAUUUUGAUACUGCCCGCCUAAUGCUCAAUCGACAAAGAUUCUCAAAGCACAACAUCGAUCCUAGAACUGGUAUGCCACUAGACAGCAAGGCAGUCACUUUUGAGAGUUUGCGAUAGACCUCAUUCUCGCUUUUUUACAGUCACCGUUUAUUGUACAUUAUACGAUUUCGCUAAUUGACCC